AUGAGUGUAGAUACCGAAACUCCUCAAGUGCUGACUAAUGAAGGAAUUGUGGAAGAAGCUUGGGAGAUUGUUAAUGAUAGCUUUCUUGAUACUGGUCGAAGUCGCAGGACUCCUCAAACUUGGCAGCAAAAAAGGGGAGAUAUUUUAAGCAGUUCGAUUCAAUCGAGAGCGAAAGCCCAUGAUUUAAUUAGAAGGAUUUUGGCUAGUCUAGGUGAUCCUUACACGCGGUUUCUUGCACCUGCUGAGCUCUCGAAGAUGGGGAGGUAUGACAUUUCUGGUACUGGAAUAAACCUUAGGGAAAUUCCUGAUAAGAAUGGAGAGGUGAAACUGAAAGUUCUUGGAUUAUUACUUGACGGGCCUGCUCAUUCUGCCGGUGGGGAUGAAUUGUUAGCUGUUAAUGGAGUGGAUGUCAAAGGGAAAUCAGCAUUUGAAUUAUCAUCUUUGUUACAAGGCCUAAAUGAAACAAUUGUGAAGCAUGGAAAUUGUGGACCUAUUCAAUCUUUAGAAGUUCAGAGACAACUUGUUGCUCGAACCCCCGUCUUUUAUCGAUUGGAACAGAUAGAGAACAGCACCCCUUCUGUUGGGUACAUACGCUUGAAAGAAUUCAAUGCAUUGGCUAGAAAAGAUUUGGUUAUUGCAAUGAAGCGACUUCAAGACAGGGAUGCCUCAUAUUUCAUUCUGGACCUGAAAGAUAAUCUUGGCAGAUUAGUACAGGCUGGAAUUGAAAUUGUGAAGCUGUUUCUGAAUGAAGGGGAGAAGGUAGCACUGGGCAUGGUCUCUACCAUUAAAGUUGAAGAUCAAAGCUUCAUGAUUGAGAUAAAAUGUCAUUUCUUAUUUAAGUAUUUGUUGUUUCGCUAUCAUUAUGGUAGUGAUGAGGCGGACAACGUGGAAUACUGGGUGUUUUCUGUGAUCAAGAUAAUAAGAUGGGAUUGGUGCCUUCGUGGCAAAGGAAGAGUAGAGCCAGUGGCAGAGUGUAACAUGACGAUUGACGAGUAA